AGGAAUGUCGAUCACAGAACAUUGCCAACUACGAAAAUAUGACCUCGGAAGAUGAUAACAUAGGAGAAUGGUUGAGUUUAGGCCUCAUAGGAGACAUGCCUCUGGAAGCAGCUAAGCAAAACCCAGAAUCCCAAUCAAAACCUCUCCACAACAAGGUAUUCUCAUGCAACUUCUGUAUGAGAAAGUUUUACAGUUCACAAGCCUUGGGUGGUCACCAAAAUGCACACAAAAGGGAAAGAGAAGCAGCUAGAAGUUACCAAUCUCAGAGGAUGAUGACAACAUCAAUGGGGCUUUGUUACUCUUCUUUGGCUACUAGAUCACUGGGAUUACAAACCCACUCGCUUGUGCACAAGCCAAGUAGAGAAAAGCCAACUAUGUUGGCUCGAUUCAGUGAUUCCAGUUCAGGGAUUGGAAUGGCAUGGACACCCUUUAUGCUUGAACAAGCUGUGGAUUUCAUAUGGCCAGGAAGCUUUCGAAUGGACUCGCCAAAGCAAGAAUCAGAUAUAAAUGUGCUUGACUUAGAUCUUAGGCUCUGA